GGGAGCGUCGUGCGCGCGCAGGCGUCCUCCCUUAUCGGUUGGGAAGCGGAGCUGCUGCCAGCUGGCUCGGCCAUGUCGAUCCAGGAAGACCCGGUCCAGCGCGAGAUUCACCAGGACUGGGCGAACCGCGAGUACAUCGAACUGAUCACCAGUUCCAUUAAGAAGAUCGCGGACUUCCUCAAUUCCUUCGACAUGUCCUGCCGCUCCCGCCUGGCCACGCUCAAUGAGAAGUUGACGGCGCUGGAGAGACGGAUCGAAUACAUCGAGGCCCGGGUAACAAAGGGUGAAACAUUGACAUAGUGUGAAGCUGGCAAGAAGUCAACCUAGGGAGAAAAAAAGUGCAGCUGUUCGGAAAGCUGAUGAUCAGACUUCGGGUUUCUUCAUUAUUUAACAUGGAUGGGAGUUAACUCAUUUUUGCCCCUUGGGAAGCUGCCUCCUCCAUUUGGAGACUUUGUGUGGGUGAUUCCAACUGAAAUGGCUAAAUUGUACAACAGCAUGUUUAAUUAUGUGGUUUUAUACAAGCAGAUUCACACAGUUCUUGUCCUAUUGUGUCCCAUGUACACGCAGAACUCUGGCUCCACAACAGUUAAAUAUUGAUGGAACACAAUCUUAAUUUCUGGGAACACUGAUUAUUACUAUGAGUUAUUUUUGAGAAUCAGGAUGUUAGGGCUAUGCAUGGUGUGUGGCUCUUAUGGCUCGCUAUUGCUGCUCCAAGAUAUCAAGUAACCUAUUUGAAUAAAUGUGCAGUAUGUGUAGGGUGAGCUGGGCUGAGGGAGAACAUGUGCCAAGGGAGGGAUGACUCAGUUUUCUAAGUAUUUUGUAUUCUUUAAUGUAAUUUGAGAUGUCUUUUCCAUUUGUGUUCAACAAUAAAAUCACUUCUGCUUAA